AUGGACCUAACAGUAUAUCAUCUGACGGGGGAUAUGAAUGAUAUUGACCGCUUUUUCAGACUAAACGGCGGCGAGAUCUGUUAUCACCGCAACGUAUGGGGCAAGCCACGCUCCGACUUUAACGACUCCCUGUCAAUCUCGUUUUGCCGCUCCGAGGCAAAGUAUCGCAAGACUUUGCCACCCAAGAAGUUCCUUGCUGACCUGGAGCUUGGUACCAUACUAUCCUGUCCUGUGUGUCUGACAGACGCUCAAAUCAAAGUCAAUUGGUGCUACAAGCGCAAGCAAUGGUCGGUGACGGUAAUUACAUGGAAGCAACUCGGAAAAUGCCGUUCCCCCGACGAUCCGCAAUGGAAGAGCAUGGCGUGUUGGCGUACAACUGGUGGCGACCACCGGGCUCAAGAGCACCCGCCGGGUGCCGUCAGACACAGAUGGAGCAAAGGCGACGAUGAGGUGCUGGGCAUGGAAGGAUAUUUCAUAGAUCCACUUUGGUUCUGA